UCCGAUCAUAACACUGCGCUGCAAUGGCUUCGUUCGAUUACCUUAACCCCCAAACUCAAGAACACAUAAUAUCAUCAUCAUCAUUAUUACAACUACAAUUACAAUUAUUAUUAUUAUUAUUAAAACAAUAUUUCAAAAACAAAUAAAUCGCAAAUUUGCAUAAAUUUAACCUAAUCGUAAAUCCCCCAAAAUUCGAUCAGCUUCGUAUAAACCCUAAAAGCACCAAUUCUACACGCGAUUUGCAGUUACAGCUAAAGGUUUUAUUCUUCUUUUGCCAUUGGGAAAACCGAGAUUUACUUCCAUGUGUUGUGACACGACAGUCUUGUCAUGCACAACCGUGUUUUCAAGUCUUGUAACAGAGAGACUGUUUAUGAACUGAUGCAAUGGCAUCAUCUGGUAAAUUCGACAUGUCCUCAUCUGUUAGCACAGAUAGGUCAUUGUACAAUUCUGCACGUGGGUCCUACACAGCCGCUUCACUGGACAGAUCAUCCAGUUUCCAUGACAACAUGGAAAAUCCAAUAUUAUCAUCUCUUCCAAGCAUGUCAAGAAGUGCCUCAACUGUCACACAAGUAGACGUUACCAACUUUUUUCAAUGCUUGCGGUUUGACCCAAAGUCAAUGGCGGCCGAACUUAAGUUCCACCGACAUGGGGAUUUUAAACGACUUGCAAGUGCUGUUUUUGGUUCACCGGAUGAGUCACCGUCUGGUUCGUUGAAAGGAAAUCUGUCUAAUUUCUCCCCUGAGGAUGUUAAGCGAUUUAAGGCUGGUCUGCGUGAAUCCACCAUUAAAGCCAGGGAACGGGUGAAGGCUUUCAGUGAGACGUUAUCAGUGAUCAACAAGUGUUUCCCAAGUAUUCCGUCAAGGAAGCGAUCAAGGCCAGACGUUUUACCUGGUGAUCGUUCGAGUGGUUUACUCUUGAAUCGUGCACCUAUGGGGCAAGGUGUCGGUAAGAUGGGUACCCAAAGUCAUUCCCUCACACAUGCUUUUGAUUUUGAGAACCAGAAGGUUGAAGAAAGGGGUAAAAAUGUCAUUCCCAACAAACGAACCAGAACUUCAAUGGUUGAUCAAAGGGUAGAGGUGCGUCCAAACACUCCUGCUAGAUCAUCUGUGAAUAUGGAUAGGGAUAAAGAAACGUCAAGACUUCCAAAUGGAACCAGUUCUCAGGGCGAGGAUCGGUCAUUACCGAUUGUAGCUGAUGGUUGGGAAAAGGCGAAAAUGAAGAAGAAACGUACCGGAAUAAAAGCUGAUACUGCUGCAAGUCCAAGGUCAAUGUCAACAAAAGCUGUUGAUGGAUAUCGAGAAGCCAAACAAGGAGUGCAUGCAAGAGUGCAUGCAAGGCAUCUUCCUGAUGCCAUGUCACGGUUAAAUGAUUCCCAUGGGUUAAGGCCAGGAACUGCUAAUGGAACGGUUGGAGGUGGGAAAACUGACGGUCCAGCUCAGCAGGCAAGUAUGGGCAUGCGGUCUUCCAUCCCACGGCCCGAGCAGGAGACUACAGCCCUUCUUCAUGAUAAAAGAGAUAGAAGUACUAGCUCCGAAAAGGAAAGGACAAAUCUCAGAUCAGUUAACAAGUCGAACGUACGAGAAGAGUUUAUAUCUGGUAGUCCUACUUCUAGCACAAAACUGCAUGGGCCGGCUCGAGGUCCAAGAUCAGGGCCUAAGUUAUCAACGGUGAUUCAACGGGCAACUGCUUCAAGUGAUUGGGACCUGGUUCACGGUACAAACAAGAAUUCCGGAUCGUUCGCGUCCAGUAAUCGUAAACGUACACCCUCAACACGCUCUCCAUCUCCACCGGUAGCACAGUGGGCUGAGCGUAGGCCCCAGAAGAUAUCACGAACCGCAAGGAGAACCAACCUUGUUCCUAUCUUAUCUAGCAGUGACGAAGUCCCGGGUUUGGAUAACACCAGUGAUGUUACCGGUAGUGAAAGUGGGCCAGGGUUGUCGAAAUGGUUUCCAGCGAAUUCUCCUCAGCAGUUCAAGUCAAAAGGCGAUCAUUUCCCGUCAUCUACGAUAUCCGAAAGUGAGGAAUCCGGUGCUGCUGAAAUCAGAUCUAGAGACAAGGGAAAGAAGUCUGAUGAAGUAGAAGAGAAAGGCGAACAAAAUGUUCAAAAGGUGUCGACCUUAUUCCCGCCAACAAGAAAGAAUAAGGUGGUUAACGGGAAAGCUGUUGGUGAUGGCGUUCGUAGAGCAGGUAGAACUGGGCGGGGUUUUGGUUCCGCACGAGGUGUUACACCGGCAGUAGAGAAGAACCGCAACAUGGGAACUGCUAAACAACUUAGAACUGCUAGACUUAGUUUUGAUAAGUCCGAAAGCAAGCCCGGCAGGCCUCCCACUAGGAAACUCUCUGACCGCAAAGCUUAUACUCGUCAAAAGCAUAGCACAUUCAAUGCUGCGGAAGAUUUUUCGGUUGGCUCUGAUGAUGGACAAGAAGAGCUUCUGGCUGCGGCUAAAGCGGUUCUUAAUCCUAAUCAUGCUUUAUCCAGUCCAUUUUGGAGGCAAAUGGAACCGCUUUUUGGUUUUGUAUCUGAUGUGGAUAUGUCCUGUUUAAAGCAACAGGGAAUCACUCACUCCAAUAUUAACACAAUAAACCCAGUUCAUCAAGACAAUUACAGUUCUGGUACACUUCCUAACGGAACAGAAAACAGAAGCAUUGAACCAACCGUUGGUCCGGAGGGAAUUCCCCUUUGUCAGAGACUACUUUCUGCCCUAAUUUUCGAAGAAGGAAAUGACGGGCUUCCUUUUAGUGGGAACACUGACAACAAAUUUAAUGUUUAUAGAUCUUCAUUUGAGUUUGAAACAGAUGUAGAGCCAAAUGCCGUCAAUCAUCAAUCAUUGCAGAGAUGCGAACUUGGCGGACGUGGUACUUUUGGUGGUCAUACAAUAACUUCUACGCUGAGAUCUUGUAACGAGUCCAUGUCAGAUUCGACAAUUGCUACUGGUUUUGAUCAUUCCUACAAUGGUCUACUUUCAGAUCCAGCAAUGACAUCUGCCGUAACCUUUUCGGAUUAUCAGUAUGGUAACAUGCCAUUAAAUGAAAGACUCCUUGUAGAGAUUCAGAGUAUUGGACUCUAUCCAGAACUUACGCCUGAUCUACCAUGUAACGGGAAUGAAGACAUUAGUGGAGAAAUCCGCCGACUUGGAGAAAAACAUCGUGAACAGGUUUCCCGAAAGAAAGACCUGCUUGAGAAUCUUUUGGAGUCCACUAAUGAAGCAAGGGAACUGCAAGAGAAGGAAUUUGAACAACUUUGUAUCGACAAGCUCACCGCAAUUGCUUAUCAGAAGUACAUGAGUUGUUCUCAUCCUAAAAGUGUUGGUAGCAAAGUAGCCAAGCAAGCCGCUGUAGGUUUUGUGAGACGCACACUGGACCGAUGCCACGAAUUUGAAGAAACAGGCAAAAGCUGCUUCAAUGAGCCAUUAUAUAAAGAAAUGUUGCGGUCUGGUUCAUCUCACUUAAACGACACACAAGUAGACACUGCAGCAGAUAAUGAAUUUGUAGGUACACAGCUAAGCCCGUCGUUGAAUAACCAUGACGUGUAUCCGUCUAGUGCAUUCCACUUCUCUGAGCAAAGUAAUGGCAAAAAUGAUAAUAUAUGGUCAAGCAGGGUCAAAAAACGAGAGUUAUACCUUGAUGAUGUUGUUGGCGGCAGUUCUUCAGGCAUUGGAACAACAGUGUUAAAUGGUGCAAAAGGAAAGAGAAGUGAAAGGGACGGUUUAUCCAGAAAUGGAGGCCCAAAAGUUGGGCGGCCUGCUUCUGGUAAUGCUAAAGGUGAAAGAAAGAACAAAACAAAACCGAAACAGAAAACAACUCAAUUGUCUUCUUCGUUCAAUGGCCCAAUCGGAAAGAUUUCAGAUCAAAACAGAACCUUUUCUUCAGUCGCUAUGAAAAAUAAUACGAUCAAAGAGAGCGAUGAAUACAAGUUACUGGAGAACACUGAGGAACCACUUGACUUUUCCCACCUGCAACUACCGGAAAUGGAUGUUCUUGGUGAGCAAGGGGAGGAUAUAGGCUCGUGGUUGAACAUUGACGAUGAAAUAUUACAAGAUGACGACUUUAUGGGACUCGAGAUUCCUAUGGAUGAUUUGUCAGAUUUGAAUAUGAUGGUCUGAACUCUGAAGUUGAUCAUGUUAUGUUGUAUAGACGUUCGUUAUACCACUUACAGGUCCGACAUAACUGCUGGUGUCAAAAAAACGGAUUCUUUUCAGACCCCCUGAAAGAGUUUUAAGCAAUACCUGUGUGGACUGGACGGCUUCCGGUGGUAUGGAUUUUGGUGAUAUUUAAUAUAUAGUGACAUAGUUUGUAAAAAAAUCUUUUUGUUCUCUAAGCAUAAGCUAGUUUGUUCUGCUCACUACAUUUUAGAAAACAAGAUUUAUCGUUGUAGCAUUUAAAGAUCAGGGGACAAUACCCCUUGUACAUACAAAUUAUGUUCUCAAUAAAAUCACUUCAUUCAUAA